GAAGAUUGAGUGUGCGGCACGGCGGAAGCACAUGGCAGAAGUGGACCAUGUGAAGAGAGGAGGCUGGUUUCACUGGGAGAACAGCGUUUGUGUUUAAAAAUAAAUAAAAAAUACACGUGUAGUGAUUACAGUUAUCAAUUUAUAAUAGCAGUGAGGGAAGCCACACUCAGGCGACAUGGGCAAAAGCAAAACUAAGAACCAGAAGAAGUCCCGGGCCAACGCCAUUCACUUGGCCCAGGAAGAUUUCGGGACUGUCCCACACUCGUUCGUCUUUCACCGGGGGCAGAUUGGUAAAAAUGUGAGCCAGCUGAUCAUGGACAUGAGGAGAGUCAUGGAGCCUUACACCGCAGAAUCUCUCAAGGUGCGCAAGAAGAACGUGCUGAAAGAUUUUGCCGCCAUAGCUGGGCCACUGGGAGUGACUCACUUCUUGAUCUUUACGAAAACAGAGACCAGUGUUAACUUGAGGCUUGCCCGUUUGCCGAGAGGACCCACGCUGUAUUUUAAAGUUGAGCAGUACUCGUUAAUCAAAGACGUGGUUUCUUCGCUGAAGAGGCACAGGAUGCACGAUCAGCAGUUCACUCAUCACCCUUUGCUGGUGCUGAAUAACUUCGGCGUGCCUGGGAUGCAUGUGAAGCUGAUGGCCACCAUGUUCCAGAACAUGUUCCCGUCCAUCAAUGUGCACAAGGUGAGCCUGAAUGCCAUUAAGAGGUGUGUCAUGGUUAACUAUAACCCAGAGACCCAGCUGGUUGACUUCAGGCAUUAUAGCUUGAAGGUAGUCCCGGUGGGGAUGAGCAAAGGAAUCAAGAAGCUGCUUCAGGAAAAGUUUCCCAACAUGAGCAAGUUUGAGGACAUCAGCGAACUGCUCAUGAAGGGUGCGAACCUGUCUGAGAGCGAGGCAGAGCAGGACGGAGAUCACAACACCACAGAGCUGCCGCAGGUCUACGCUGGCCGAGGGAACAUGAAGGCACAGCAGAGUGCAGUGCGGCUCAUAGAGAUCGGCCCGCGUAUGACUCUACAGCUGAUUAAAAUAGACGAAGGCAUGUGUGAAGGGAAUGUGCUUUAUCAUGCUGUCAUUGAGAAGACGGAGGCACAGAUUCAGGAGAUACUGGAGAGGAAGCAGAAGAAGCUGAAACUGAAAGCCGAAAGGAAGCUGAACCAGGAACGGAACGUCGCGCUCAAGAAAGAGCAGCGAGACGAGAACAAAAAGAGGAGCCUGGAGGGAAUUAAGAAGCAGCUACCUCCAAAGGCAGGAGAGGAAGGGGACAGCGACGCAGAGGAUCCUGGGAAGGGGGAGGACCAGGCAGCAGCUGACCAUUCGGAGGACGACGAAGUAGAGUAUUACAGACAGGCUGUCGGGCAGGAGCCAGACGAAGAUAUGUUCCCUGCGUCCAAACGAAAGAAAGGUCCGGGAAAGUCUCCCCAUCCUUUUAAGAAACGGAAGCACUCCUCUGAAAGAGGGGGCAGGGUGGAUCGGGGCCCCCCGCGGGACAGGACCCCCGGAAAGUCGGGAGAUCGGCCCAGCGUGAAGGACAGAAAAUUCGGAGGAAAGAAAGAGCGGACGAUCGGACCCAAAUUCAAGGUGCAGAAGGGAAAACCCCGACCUGGGUUCAAAGGAAAACCCCAGUCCAACGGGAAGCCCAACGCAAGCAGAGGUUUCAAACAGAAGAGAGGCAAAGGGAGGCAGUAAAUCUGUAUUGCUGUCCCUGUGUGUGCCAAAUACAGUUCUGAUGACUUAUUUGUUUAGCUGACUCUUCUAUCCAAAGCGACUUGGAGACUAGGAGGUGGGCUGUGCAUCACAGCUGCUGCUGCUGCAGAGUCUCUUCUAAUAGGACCUCGUUUGUUCUGCGUCUCACCCGAAGGACGGAGCACAAGGAGGUGAAGUGAUUUACUCAGGCUUGCACACACACACAGCGAGUCACUGGCUGAGCCAGGAUGAAUUCCGGGAAUCUGGUAACAAGCCCCUUUUAUAUUUAACCACUGGACCUCCAUGCCUCCAGCCGGACUCUCUACGUUUUGCAUUACGCAAAGCCUCUGCGGUUCAUCUGACAUUUUAAGUCAUAAACCUGUCCUGUUUCCGUGCGUCUUGGCUUUACCUGCGGUGGGAACACACAGGGUCUCUCUUGUGUGGCUCAGAUGGAAGCAGCUGUCUGUGCUUUUUGCAUAAAAUCUGAUAAGGCCAGUGCAGCGAAGAUUGCAUUCAAAUGAACAUUUUGAGCCUGCAGUUAUUCUAAAUUGUAUUGGUCAAAACAGAGGAGCACGGUUUAAUAUCUGCAUAAAGGGAACCCCGCCAUGCCCAGUAGAUCCAAAAGAGGAGAUUAUGGGUCAGGAGUGGCUGGAUUUCUGUUUGAGUGAACUGGGUACUGCACUAAGCUCUUGCACAACAGGUAUGCAAGCAAGACCCCUAUUGCGUAACGGUUUGAUCCGUUCCUGGUUUUACCGUGGGUUUAAGACGACACACCUGAAUUUGUUACACGGUGGCUAUUCUAACCUGGAAUGGGUGAAACGGCUCUGCAGGAGGAGUCUUGUUUCCAAGAGCUGUCUAGUUUGCAUGAUCCAGCAGGACGUCAUGCAAAAAAUCUAGAAAUGCAUGCGGCUUGUUCAUGUUGAUAAAAUCAGUCGGUUUAUCAUAAUGUUUAUCAUGCCUGCACUCUGUUUAAUUGCCGUGCGGGGGUUUACUUUUGUGUUUUAAACAUUUCUAAAUGGUGUGCGCUCCCCCCUUCUCCCUUCCACCUAUAAAUGCAAGCAAUUGCCUUGUAUUUAAAAAAAGUGUCAUGUUCUAAAACUGAUUUGUAAAUGUGCCCUAGAUUUACUUAAUUUCAGAUUUUUUAUUUUUAUUAACUGGAAGUGAGAUAUUAUUAGUUUAAAACAAUUAAAUGGCUUUUUUAAUCAAUCUAUUUGAUUUCCCAGUACCAGUUUAAACGCAGUGUCAGUGUGCACUUUGCAGCGCGCUGCGGUUCAAAGUUAUGCGUUUGCAAAGUCUUUUUAACUUUGAAUUUCAGGUACAUCAUUCUUUGAUUCGAUUAAUUCACCGUCUUUUCAUAUCAACAGUGAAUUGUCGAUUUUUCUGAAGUCAGGUAGUGCAAUAGAGGGAAUACUGUGCAGAUUAUGUAUAAUGAGAGAGGUAGAUCCUGCUGUGGGUUUAUGGAGUUGUUUGCAAUAGGUUCCACCAACACUGAUCAGAGUUGGUUUCAAUUCCUGUUUAUCAAUUCCAUCAAUUUUAAAAUCAAUUUCCAGUUCCCUGUUAAUCGAUUUCAGCAGCAGUGGAGCGUGGCAGCAUUAUUCUGUUAAAACGAGCUUCUCAAAGUGGAAACAAGUUGCUUAAAUUGAAGUCGCUAUUUUGUCAGGAGAGUAAGUUGGCUUCAAAUAAAAACAAUCCCAUUAAUUACUGUAUUAAAAUCAGUUCUGAUUCCUUUGAAAGCAUUGGAAUUGAAUAAACAGGGAUUGACCCGACACUCCACACUAACAAAUAACAAGAUGCUGAACCCAUAUUAAAAUUGUGAUUCGA